CAUCAGUGUGAAUUUGCUCGAUAUAUGCAACGCUUUUAGCUCUGAAAUCUCAAGGGUGAACUAGGGCCAUCUCUUGCUUCAGUGUGUGCUGCACAAUUUGGAUUCCAGCUCUUUAAAGCAGUUUAUCAAGGCUCGAUCUUCACUUGAUGCAUGGAGAUAGCAUAUUGGUUCAAAGAACCCUAGAGUUGAAAACUGUUCCACCCAUUUUGAACAAUCUUGUGGAAUCACUAGAUCUUCCCAAGGUUAAGAACUCAGGCAAAGGGAAGGUUUUAAUGUGUACUAUGUAUGGGGUUAAGGUGGAGACAGUAUUUAUCUGCAGUGUCUUUGCUUCAGCCAUCUCUGAUUCUGCAAGAAAGUUGUUUGAUUUGAAUGUUGAUAACAAAUAUAUGUGGGCUCAAGCUUUGACCGGUUUGCAAACUAGCAUUAAUAGCGAAAUUAGAAAUUUAUAUUCAACUGGAAGAUUUACAGUUUCGAAAGAGCUCGAAGCAAUUGAUACAAAUGUAAAGAAAUUGUAUCCCAUGAUCCAAGAUGGUGGGGACCCUAUUGAAGUGGAAGCAUUCCAGAAUUCCAUUUCAGAUUUGGCAAGGAGAGCAGAAGGACUUUCACAAGGACUAGAUCUUCUUACAAACCAAUAUGAUGGCUUCUUUCAUGUAGUUUUAACUGGGCGUGAUGCUUUGCUUUGUAAUGUUAGAGAGAGUGGUACUGUCUCUGACCCAAAGCUAGGUUGCAAAGUAGUAGAAAGAGUACAAUCUUAA